AUGACGCUAUCCGCAUCUUCUACAUUCAUCCCUCGAUUCUGUGCUUCUCUUCAAAAGGAUAUCCUUUUCGUUCGAACGAAAUGCGGCACCUAUUCAAAAUUCUCUUUCGACCAAUCGACAAAUCGAUUUCUCACAGUAACUUGCACAGACUGCCACGUGGUUCCGAAAGAAACGGAUCUAUUUCCGUUGUAUGCCGCCUGGUCGAAUCGUCUCGAGAGAUAUGUCAUUUUUGCGAAAAACGCGUUGAAUGGACAAGUGGAGCAGUAUGUAUACGAGAAGGAUUACGAAGGGUUCCAACAAGUGCAUCAGCCAGAAUUAGUAUUUGAUUCCAGUCGAACACUACAAACUACAAACGAUUUCUUCACAGUGGGCGGGACGGAGAAAGAAGGCGUCACCGCGAUUAAACGAAACUCGAAUGGACACUUUCGAAAGGAACAAUUGAAUUGGAGAACCAAAAAAUUCGAAGUGAUUCCGCCGGUGCCAGUGAAAAUGUUGGAAAUUAAAGAGGCGAAAAAAGAGGAGACAAUUCCGAUCACAGUGCAAUUGCCGGUGGAAAAAAUCAAAGAAAUGUUGGGGAAUUCAAAUAAAGAAAAAGGAAAUCGAUCGAAAAUUACCCUGAGAAAACGGAAAACCGACUCGGAUGGGCUGACGAAAGGAGGGAAAAAGGAGACGAAAGAGAAGCCUGCAGAUCCGAUGAGAGUCGUGCCAGUUCAACUAGGAGCAAUAGGAAAUCGACCGAAGCUGUCGAAUAAAGACAUUAUCGAAAUUCGCCGUCUCGCCGCAUUAAUGGGAAACCCCACGGAACCGGACGAUGGCGAUGGCUCAUCUUCCGACGACGCCGAUUACACGGAUUCAGAUGAUAACCUAGUCGUCGAAUCGAGUUGUUAA